AUGAGUUCCACUGACGGCAACAACUUUGAGGACGUCCAGGACACUCCUGGCAGUGCCUCCGCCGAUGAUAUCGGCAUGAGCGUAUUUGACGAGGCCUUCUUCGGCACCGACGUGGACACUGAUGAGCUUCCGUCGCCUGAAAGCACCCACGUCAACGUGGAAAGCCAUGAGAAUGCAGCCACCAGUGCCGACAUGCUCGAUGUUUUCAACCAACUGUCUCGCGCUAUUGAGCUUUCGCCACCUGCCAGACCUCACGGCAACGUGGAAAGCCUUGAGAGUGUAGUCCCUGAUGGCAACACGUUCGAUCUCUUCAACGUAGCGCCUGAAACUGACGUGCUGGAGCUUAUCAAUACACUCACCAACACCAAUGGGACUGUUGAAAAUGCAGUCACCAACACCCAUUGGACUGCUGAAAAUGUCACAGUCAGCAAUGGGACUGUUGACCGUGCGGCCACCAUCUACGUCAGCAUGCGGGAUCUUGACAAGUCAGCCACCAACGCCGACGGGGAGGACAUGAACAAUGCUGUCACCAAUGCCUCUCUGCCAAAUCACGGAGCUGAGCCACCAGCGGACUCACAAGCGUCCGUGGAAAAUCAGAAUGCCACGACCAGUGUCCCAAUGCAAACACCAGCGGACAACCAAACACUGUCGGGCAAUGAAGAUGCUGCCGUGGUCACUCGCCAAGAGGUGCCACCAAGGGACUCACAAGCGUCCAUGGAAAAUCAGAAUGCCACGACCAGUGUCCCAAUGCAAACACCAGCGGACAACCAAACACUGUCGGGCAAUGAAGAUGCUGCCGUGGUCACUCGCCAAGAGGAGCCACCAAGGGACUCACAAGCGCCCGCGGGAGAUCAAAACGGCGUGACCAACGUCCCAAUGCAAAGACGAAGGGUUUACCGACGACGCUCGUCGCGCAAUCAAGGUGCUGCCAUGGUCAGCCGCCCAGAGGGGCCACCAAUGGGCGCUCAAGCGCCCGGCAGGGCCUCUGGUUUUGAUGCCCCGGAUGAUCGGUUUGGGCUCGUGAACAACGGCCCUCAACAUAGGAUGGUUCCAACCACAGCCGAGCCAACCGGAAACCUUGCGGCCCCUGGAUAUCCACCUGUGCCGCAACCUGUGCCGUAUCAAAAUACGGCAUAUCAACCUGCGCCGUAUCAAAAUACGGCAUAUCAAAUUGCGGCGCAUCAAAAUACGCCGUACCAGCCUGCGCCGUACCAGCCUGCGCCAUACCAACCUGCGCCGUACCAACCUGCGCCGUAUCCAAAUACGCCGCAUCAAAAUAUGGCGUAUCAGAAUGCGCCGUACCAGAAUACGCCGUACCAAACUGCAGCGUAUGAAACUGCGGCGUACCAAAACACGCCGUAUCUAAAUACGUCGCAUCACAAUACGGCGUAUCAAGCUGCGUCCUAUCAAACUGGGCCAGCUUUUCAACCCAUUCGGCAAGGUCCAGUGGUUCCUCAGCAUGGCGGCAUGGGCAUUGCUCCCCAUAUUUCCCACCCUGCUGCCUACUCAGUUCCGCGGAGUCAUGAGGUGGCUCGUCAUUCCUUUCAUUGA